AUGAAAAUUGAACUCUGUGGCGAUAACAGCGAUAUCGAAAUAUCUAAAUGUAUUUUCAAUUGGAGUAAUAACAAAACUACUGAUGGUUGUAGCUCGGAAAGUAGAAUAUUUGAAUCUGAAAAAAUCAUAACAAAGGAGGAUGGGGAUAAGUAUUGCUAUACUCUUAAGGCUGAUGAUAGUUACUUUUUCAGCGACUCAAAAAGACUCCCCGGAGAAUUGUCGGUAAAGAGCAUUGACUUUUAUUUCAAAAUCCUUAACAUUUCCGCCGUUGUCGAGCAUUUUUUAUCUGUAGCAACUAUCACAGGCCGAAUAUCAGAUAAAGGGUUCAAGGACUUAUCACCGACAAAUCCAGUAAAAAAACGAUUAGAUGAACAAAUGAAUACGUUCGCGGGCAUCCAAAAUGUGUCAGCUCUGGUAUACUUUAAGAAAACCACAUUGUCUACUUUACCUGAAGACGUAUCCACAAUCCUCGGCCUACCUCCUAAUUACAAUAAUACAUCCUUCUUUACCACUGUGACAAAAUACUUUCAAAUGCAUCCAAACGACAGCUUCCCCUUUACAGGUCACUUUAAUAUUGCUCCGGGAAGUUUUCUCCACGAGGUGCAAUCUGAAAAACGUUCAUAUACGGUUCUUGGGGCUUUGGGGGUGGCUGGUGGUGCUGUUGGAUUGAUUGGUGGAAUUUAUAUGUUGUUUUUUGGACAACCGAGAAUUAAUCCUUGGGGUCUAAUGCAUAAAGUGGCAAAAUCGGAAAUAGCACGCAAAGCAGACUUCAAAGACCUUCCAUUCAUCACAAAAACUAAACCUGACAAAGAACAAAUUUCCACUAAAGAAAGAAUGGGGCGGGUAGAAAUAAGAACAAAUUGGAUCAUUUAA